AAUGGAGUUGUUCUGUGUCACUACUCUCAUUAAUGAAGGUGAUAAAAAGAGGAUUAAUCUCAAAGAAACCUUGAGUUGGUGCGUCCACAAAUAUUGCAUGGUUUAUGUGUUGCAUUCUGGAUGGCAUUGGUAUGUUAUCACAUGUUGUGGUACUCAAAAAAAGCACAAUUUUUUUCCAGUAACGAUAUGAAAUAGGAAUAAAAUUCCUGCACACAUUGAUUGUCAUGACAUCAUUAAAGCAAAACUUGAUAUUCUAUUUUAUACCUGGAGAAGCUAAGAAGAAAGUCAAGUGCAGCAAAUUAAAAUCAAGUAGGUUGACUUCUAAAUGCUGAAGUCAAUAAUUAUUUACAAGAGACUUCUGAUGGACUCAAUUUGUGUAAUUAACAGGACAAAUACAACAUUAGUUCAAUUGAUUUCAAAGCUUUUGUGAUGCCAUAUUAAAUUCUAAAAGAAUAUUAGUCCAUAUUUCUAAAUAUGAGUGCAAAAGGUAAUAAAUUGAUUGACUUAAUGUCACUUUUGCUUUCUUGUUAAUGUGGCAAUGUAGCUUGUGCAAUUAAGUAGGAUUACGGCAGUCAUUCUUGCAAAGACUGCCAGUUUGAAAUGCCUCACCCUCCUUGAGUAUCUUAGCAACAGUAAUCUUUAUACCAAACAAAACACCACUGAAAUGCUGUCCGUAAUGACUAUAUCUUGGAAGAAAUAGAAAAAUUGCUUCAAAAUAUAGGAGAAGCAGAAAGAUUGAAAACUUAUCUGAUCACAGAUUUGUGAGUUGGAGUUCUACCAAGCUUUUGCCUUAAAGUAAUUGAAGAAGACUUGUACUUAAGAAUGGUCGAUUCAGGGAAUUUCCAUUGCUACAAUUGUAACAUGAACUUCAGAUCCUUGGGAUUAUUGGAGAAGCACAAGGACAAAUUUUGUAUUGGCAGUUGUGUUGAAGAUUCAUUCUUGUUAAAUGAAAAUCCAAGAAACAGCCUGCCUGGAAAUCAUGGAAACAAAAUUAGCAGAAUAAAUGAAACAAGAAAAAUAAACAUUCCAAAUCAUAUGGAAAGAGAAUUGGAACUCCCGCAGUUUCGCCAGCCAGAAGACAGUUUGUCUGACAGUCAUGCCUUUAGAAAAUUGACUGAUGAGUUUCACAAACUACAGAUGUCAAUUGAAGGAAGCUUGCCCACGUAUAGAUCUUGGCAAGAGAAGUCUGAGGUGAGCCCCAGAGUCCAGAGAGAGUGGGAACACCUAGAACGUGUACGAGAAAUAUCUGAAAUGCAUGGCCGAUAUCUAGCAGACAUUCAAGCUCGUAACAGGGAACUGGAGGAGCAAAGAGAGGAAAUCCAUCAGCGGUUAGAAGAGCUUUCAUCUAAAGAGCACUUCACAAUCCACAUUGAGCAGAUGUUGCUGGAGCUCAAGGCAAAGGAGGAGAAGAACCAGCAGUCACUGGAUGCACUCCGAGAACAGAUUGAACACCUUCAUAUGGACACUGUUGUCAAACAGAAUUCAGUCAAAGUUUCGGAGAACUCUUCAGUGGAGAAAAAGGAACAUAAAGUGCCUCUUCCUGUGGUGUCAUUUUCCAGUUCUGAAAGCCUAUCUGCUGAAAUAGGUACACUGAAACUACUCUACCUUCAGAAUGGUGGAAAUGAUCCUGCUAUACUUGCCCAGAUGAAUGGCCUUCAGACAGAGGCUCAACUUCUGGAGAAGUCUAUUCGACAACCGAAAGAGAAAAAGAAAAAACAUGAGCCACCUCAUAAGUCACUGGAUGCUGAGCUCCUGGCUGUGGAACUUGAGAACCAGCUCCUGGAAGAUGAAAUACUAAAACUUAAAUUUCAAAGAGAAAGGAGGAAGCCUGUUGAUGAACUGGAAAAGGAGGUACAGGAGAUGCAGCGCGAACACAUAAACAAAAUGAGUGACCUACAAGGAGAAAUUGAGAUGCUAAAAAAUGAAACACACAGAAUGCAAAGAAGAUUGAGGUCACCUCAUCAUAUGCCUCAGCCUCCACUUCCUCCACCACCACCUCCUCCUCCUCCUCCUCCCCCCCAACUAGGUCCAAACCAACAUGCUUGGGUUCCACAUCUGGGCACCACGAGACCUCAAACGCCUCUGAUUGCCAAGCAUUUCCUGGAUCCUACUGAUGCGUUGGGGCCUGCACCCUAUGAUCCAGUGGCAGGUUUUGUAGUUUUCUAUGAUUUCCUUCUUGGCCUUGACCCAACCUAUCGGCUCAUCCGCCUUGUUACUGGUUUGUACAAUAAUGGACAGGAGAUGGGGAAACCAUCAGCCUUGCCUCCUGUGUGCUGUGAAAUGGGAAAUGGGCCUCACUACAUGUCUGAAGGACUCAAGGGCAACUUUGGAAUUUUAUCUGCAAGGCAACCAGUACCAAGAGUGCGCCCUGCCUUUGGAAUCUCUCUGGUAUUUGAGCUCCAAGCAGCUGGAGGCUUUGAUCCGUAUGGGCUGGAAAUUCAGCGGCUGGUUUCCAGAGGCUGGGCAAAGAUAGAUAUAUUUGAUAAUCACAACCAAGUUAUCAGUGGCCGAUGGAAAGUUCCAAUACGAUCUCUACCAGUAAACCCAUCCCUCAAUACUAGCCAACUCAAUGGAAUUCCUCAGGUUGGCAGUGCUGAGCUCUAUCUGAGAUUGGUAAAUGCACGUGAUGCUGAAGUGCAGUCAAUGGCCAGUAUUGAUCCCCACAGUACAUCCAUGUAUCAAUAUCCGCCUUUGGUGGCUGGCCGUUCUGCUGAAAAUCUGCCUCCUCCUCAAUACCUCUCUUAUCACACUUCUCCAGCUCAUUAUCACCCUCUCACUUCUCACACUGGUCAUGUUGACCUCCCUCCCAACGAUGGACACAGUGACCGCCGCAAAUCCAAUCAAAGACUUGAUGAUGAAAGUAACUUAGUUGUACAAACAGCCAGGGAACAGGACAAUGAAAAUGUACUGGAUAAAGCACUUGUGUUAAUUGUGGAUCGUGUAAAAGAGGCCCCGAAUGGAGAUGGUAGCUUGAGAUUCACUGGGUACCAUCAGAGAACAGGGAAAGUGAUUGAUACAAGGAAUUCUGGCCUGUUAUGGAGCACUACUCCCGUGAAAUCUAAUAUCAAACAAGGCUACUUCAUCUUUGGAGAGCAGGAGAUGUCAUUCUAUGAUGUGAUGCCUGAAGAGGAUAUGAUUCUUAUCAUCCGUUUUUACCACUGGCCAGAUGGAAAUAUCACAACUGCACCUUGGGACAUUAACCAGAGCAUGGAACAAUUAAUGGAGAGUGAGGAAUGGCUGGUGGCUUGGGGAGUGCUAAAACUGUCAGCACUCGCAGAUUCUCACUCCUUGAAGACUCAAAGUCCUGCUGUAACAUGGAACACUGGGACUCACACUGUGACAUUGUUUCACGUACCUGUCCCUUCUCCUCAUGAUCUUCUGGUGCUGCCUGGAGAGCACCUGCACGACAUAUGGCAACCUUAUGGGAAUGCCACAGUACGACUCCACCUGUUCACUGGCAGCAGACCCGCAUCUCUCAUUGCUCCAGAAUCGCCUGCUGAUACUAACACACCCAAAGAAUGGCCUGCCCUCGUCUACAUAUAUCAUGCAAGACGAUCGCCACCAUCUUUGCCAUUUACUGGAGGUGAUGGAUUUGACCUGUAUAUCGAUGGGGCGCGAUUCCUCCCAGAUGCUGUCACCGUCAGCAGAGUUACUGGUCGCAUGUUUGACCGGAACUAUAACCAAAUUGGUCCAAGCAUAUCUUCGGGGAUUGAUCUGAACAGUAACAUAUUUGAGCCCUUUUACAAUCACCGUGUCGAAUUCCGGAACCCUCGGAUGCCACCAUCAGCUACAUUACUACUUAAGGUUUACACCAUUGACAGAUUCAGUUUGAAGUUGGUUUUGAUUGGCUGGGCAGCUCUGAAUGUCUUUGUGGAGUCAGGCAAUGAAAGGGCCCCAAAUGUGGAUUCUGGAGUGGUUCAGAUCUCACUAAACGAAGGUGCGCACCAGCUGCGGUUGUACUAUGAUGGACCCGACCCAGAUAAGCCAUUAUCAGUCAAUGCUGUUACAGUAGGAAGGAACAUUCCAUGUGCUACAUUACUGGUGAGAUUGGUGAAGGUACAAACUGACAAGAACCUCCAAGUUUUUGAGAGAGACAAGGUACCCAAAAGUGAAUGGAUUAAACUUGGUCUUUACCAGCCAAGGCCAAACUAUGAAGAUAAAGUAUACUAUUCAGAUAAGGCCAGACCAACCACAGGUGAAAAUGAUCUGUACAAUGCCAUGGUUAACAGAUCUUUUAUUUCAGUCCGAGAAAUGGUUCCAUUGAUAGCUGGCAACAAAGAACAAGAUUUUAGAAAAGAUAUUGAACUACAAAAUUGGAUUCACAUGAAACUUUCAAAACGGGUGGAUGAUAAGCCAUUGGCUUUUAACUUGACUUAUGUAAGCAGAUACCUCACUACAUAUGGCAUAAAGUUAUCUGUGGACAGAGCCAAUAAUUUACCCUGGGAUAGCAUCACAUUAGCUCACACAUCAUUCAAUCCACCAGGCGCUUACUAUUACGGCAGUCCCUGGGCAAAAUAUGAUCGCCCGACGUUCAUAGACAAUGUAGAUUUUAACAGCCUGCAGAAGUGCCCAGUAUGGUUGGAUAAUUUUAAGUCAUUUCCUGGACGGGUUUACAACAAGUACCUCACUGUGAUUAUCCACCUUCGUGAAGUUACUUGCUCCACACUGAAGGCUGAUGCACUUAAGUAUGAAAUGAAGGAGCAGGCCUGGACUGCUUUACAGGUGUUUUCUAAAGGUUACUGCAACACUGCAAUUUAUCAUCUGCCACUGUAUCAAGGAGCUCCUACUCAGGAUGUCUUGGCUGCAUUAGCAAAGGGAGACUGUCAGAGUAUCCUGGAUGACCUUGUACAUAAGAAUACUAUUUUACGGCUGAGGGGUGCAUCAGUGCUUGUCCGUAUUGCAGAUGGAAGAAGGGACGAAGAGCUGGCAAGAUAUUCUGAACGUUAUAUCAAUAGAUCAUAUUUGUCAUCUGAGCUCAUCGAACAGUAUGAACCAGAACCCAGUAAUGUGUUAUUGAGGCAGCUGAUUCCUGCUGGCCUGUCUGUGGGAGAGUUCAAAACACAGUUAUCUCAGAAAUUCAGAGAGCUCAUGUCAAGUUGAAGACAAGGUCUCCACAGGUCGAUUCAUACCAGAGGACCAACAAGCAUCAGCCAGAAACCAAGCCAAUAAUAUUGCAAGGGACAAAUUACCCAACUUGUGAAAGAUAAACCUACUUUCAAAAAAAAAAAAUAAAUCAUUGGGAAAGACACUACAUAAUGGAAACCACAAAGAAAACAAGGUAAAUAAAGUUGAAAAUAAAAGAUUAACUGAGUAGGUUACUUUUGUUUUUUGGAUAACCUUGGCCGUAAAGUGGGACUUAGUGUCAUGUAAUAGGCAUCUGAGUUUGGAGUAGGAUUUUGAGACACAGAGAAGAGCACCUGAACUCUUGUAUAGGUACUGAAGCAAAAAAAAAAGAUUUAGGAUCUGUAUGAAAUUCACUUAAAUUGAUCCCAUAAUUCAACAUUAUGUAAAGUCUAUUGUUUGCAGACAUCUCAACCAAAUACCUAUGCACCCAAUUCAAGUAGCAAAAUGGACAGUGCUUAAGAACAAGCAACUUGAAUUUUAGCAACUACAAAUUUAACCAACUGGAAUAAGCAACAGACCAUCUACAAAUUAAACUGAACCUAAUGUUUUUAAAUCUGCUCUUGUCUAUUGCUCACAUUUUGGCCGAGUACCCUUACUAUUGGAGAAUUCAGAUUUUCAUGUAGCUCUACUUUUAUAUUUGUAGAUGGCAAUAUCAAACUGUAGAACAGUGCAGGGAAAGAAAACCACCAAGAAAGCUAAUCAUUCCAGCUCUUUGUAACCCUCAUACUCAGACUUACUGAACACUGAAGUUACUGCACAUCCCAAGACUAGAAUUCUUAGCAGCAUGUGGCUGCCAUAUUGAAAAACGUAAUUACAAACUGAACAUAUUCAGAUGUAAGAUAAU